AUGGGUGUUUGGAUGCCAUACAUGUCCGAUCAAGUACCUAUACCACCGCCACACACCCAGUUGGCUGUCAUUGCACUGCUUAACCCGAAUCGACCAAAUAUUAUGCAUAAAAAUACCAUUGAAUACCAACGACGCGUUUACAUGUAUUUACUAAAAAGAUAUUUACUAAUCAAAUACCGGUCUGAAUGUGAGGUGAUGUCGAGGUUAUGGAAAUUGUCACAAAUGCUAUCAAAUGCGAACCAAUUGUCUGAAUCCGUGGCCACAGAUAUCUGUCGCCAGAAUCUCGAUGAUAGGGAUCCACUGUUUCGGGAACUUUUCCUAUUCACUACUAUCAUCGGAAUCGGAAUUAUGAUCGUUAUAAUAGUCAUAUUCGGGAUCGUCUUCAUCGGAUUCAGUCAUCAAAUCACCCGCAAGAAGACCGCCAUAAUUCGCAUCUAUGUGUUCAUAUGUCCGCAAAUCAAAGCAUUUAAGUUUUGGUAA